AUGUCGACCGCCCGCUUGACCUUCCUAUACCCCCACCUCUUCAGGUCUGCUCGCCUCGGCGAGUCUGCCGCCGCGCGGACAGUCAGGUCCCGAUGUCGCAAGCCCGCCGCCAACGCUGCCCCGCGCGCCGCCGCCGCCGCCGCCCUGUCGACGACCACGCGGGCCAACGAGGCCGUCUUCGAGAGGCACGGCAAGGCUGUCAACCCCCAGCUUCCUGAUGUCGUGCAGCUGCCGCAACCCCAGAGCCCCGCCGCCGCGAGCUCCGAGGCCUCGUCCCGGAAGGAUGCCGCCGCCGGCGAGCAGCUCGGUGCCGAGAUGCUGUCCGACGAGGCCAAGGAGGAGGCCGCGCGCAGGGCCGACACGGCCCCCAAGGGCGGCACCGGGGCCACCCGGGAGGCCGAGCCCACCCCCCAGCAGAAGGCCGCCGAGGAGAAGAUGCAGUCCAGCGGGCCCAUGGACGCCGUCCUGCACAUGCCGCCCCCGGGCGCCGUCGCGCACCCGCACAUCGCGAAGCCGCCCUACGUCCACCAUUUCGACACGUACACGCUGGUGAAGCAGCUCGAGGCCGGCGGGUACAGCAAGGACCAGGCCAUCACCGUCAUGAAGGCCGUGCGCGCGCUGCUGGCCCAGAACCUCGACGUGGCGCAGGAGGGCCUCGUCAGCAAGAGCGACGUCGACAACGAGACGUACCUCUUCCGCGCCGCCUGCUCCGAGCUGAGCUCCGAGGUCACCAACAACCGCAAGAGCGCCGACGAGGUCAGCCGCCAGCAGCGCACCCUGCUGCACCACGAGGUCGACAUCCUGAACCAGAAGCUGAGCCAGGACCUCAUGACCCUGCGGGACGACGUCAAGGGCAUGUUCAACGACCGCAAGAUGGCCGUCCGCGAGGAGGAGAGGCGCCAGGAGGGGGCUAUCCAACAGGUCAACCUCGACAUCAGCGUCACCCUGACCAGCGACGCCAAGUCCGAGAUCGAAGGGCUGCGGUGGAUCCUGAUCCGCCGGUCCGUGCUGGGCAUCAUAUUCAUGGCCGUGCUGACCCUGGGCACGCUGCGGUACGCGACCUACGUCAACCACGAGAACAAGAAGGCCGCCGACGAGAAGGCCCGGGAGGCCGAGAACCUGAAGAGAAACGGAGGCCGCGAGGACAAGGCUCCGGCGCACGAGGCGGCCGCCAUCUUGGCUGCCAACUGA